UGCCCUUCGUCGGAAGAGCGUCUCUCCUCUUGAAAACAUUAGCCGGUGCCCCGCAGUUGCCGCCGUUGUCGUCGUGAUUGCCGGUACGAACGGUGUGUGGGGCACGCACAGUGCGAGUCGAAGGUGUUUUUGUCAUUCACUCGGAGGCUCACAGCGACCACGCAGUUCACACACAUAUACACGCACACACUCAGACACGUCCCGGCGUGUACGGCGUGCGAAACGAAAUAACGAAAGGACGACGGUCGAGCGUCGAGGGAACGCACUUUGGACCAAAUCGUCGCGCCGACUAAGAGGGAUAAAGCGCGACGGCGUUGCGUCAGUGUCGUCUCGGCCACGCAACGCGACACAACACGCCGCCACCGCACCGCAUCUCACCGGAACGCCGACGACGUCAUUCUUUCUUCGUUCUCUCCUCCACCGCGCCUCUUCGCGUUUCUUCCUCUUUCUCUCGCGAGCCUUCCACGAUUUUAUCCGGCCGGCGAGUCGCGGGGGUACCAUGGACCCCAGCCAAGAGCGACAGUAAACGCGCCCGAGGGAAACCGCUGCGAGGACAGCGCGCUCACCAGCUGAUCGAGAGAGAGAGAGAGAGAGAGAGAAAGGGGGAGCUAAAUAGAUAGAAAGGAAGACAGGCAAAGGAGGCAAGAGUGCGACCAGAGAGAGAGAGAGAGAGAGAGAGAGAAUAAAUAAAUCAUCUUUCUCCAAACGAGGUCCGUACGCGUAGCUCACACGUGACACUCGUGUGACGUACCGCGUGAGCAAGGACGAGAAAGAGAGAGAGAGAGACAACGUGCUGUGUGCACGGCUCAGACAUCGCGGCGACCUUCUCAAUCUCGCGCGUCUCGUGAGCUCACCGACGAGCUAUCGGCACCGACCAUGUCCACAGAACCGGGUAGCUUCACCUCCAACGGCAGCAUGAUCGUCGUGAGCAACAGGUUGCCGUUCGUGCUAAAGAGGAACGAGACGACCGGCCAGCUGGAGCGCAAAGCCAGUGCUGGCGGUUUGGUCACUGCGGUAGCGCCGGUCGUCAUCAACGGAAAUGGAGUCUGGGUGGGAUGGCCAGGCAUGCACAUGGACAACCCGAACGAACCGAUCCCCGAGUCCGACCCCAAUGAUCGCACACCCACAGCCGGUCUGUUGUCUCGAAAGGUGGUGGCGGUGCACGUGGACCCCGGCAUCUUCGAUUCGUACUACAACGGAUGCUGCAACGGCACCUUCUGGCCGCUCUUCCACUCGAUGCCGGAUCGGGCGACCUUCAUCGCCGAACAUUGGCGCGCGUAUUCCGCGGUCAAUGAACAGUUCGCGGAGAAGACGGUCGGCGCAUUAGAGCAGAUUCACAAGGAACAGAUGAACCAGUCGAACGGCACGCCGCUGGUAUGGGUGCACGAUUACCAUCUGAUGUUGGCCGCCAAUUGGAUCAGGCAGGCGGCCGACGAGAAGAAUCUCAGGCUGAAAUUGGGCUUCUUCCUGCACAUACCGUUCCCGCCUUGGGACAUCUUCCGGCUCUUCCCGUGGGCCGACGAGAUUCUGCAGGGCAUGCUCGGAUGCGACAUGGUGGGUUUUCAUAUUCAGGAUUAUUGUCUGAACUUCGUCGACUGCUGCCAGAGGAGCCUCGGCUGCCGGGUGGACCGGAAGAAUCUGCUGGUCGAGCACGGCGGCAGGACGGUGCGCGUGAGACCAUUGCCGAUCGGCAUCCCGUUCGACAGGUUCGUCUCGCUGGCGGAGACCGCCAACAAGGUCAUGCAGUCGAAUCAGAAGAUCGUCCUAGGCGUCGACCGGCUUGACUACACGAAGGGCCUCGUCCACAGGCUGAAGGCCUUCGAGAUGCUACUGGAGAAACAUCCCCAACAUCGUGAGCAAGUGACGAUGCUUCAGAUCGCAGUGCCGUCGCGCACCGACGUCCGCGAGUACCAGGAUCUGAAGCUCGAGAUGGAUCAGCUGAUCGGCUGUAUAAACGGCCGCUUCACGACGCCCAACUGGUCGCCGAUCCGUUACAUCUACGGCUGUGUAAGCCAGGACGAGCUGGCGGCGUUCUAUCGCGACGCCGCCGUCGCCCUCGUCACGCCCCUCAGGGACGGCAUGAAUUUGGUCGCCAAGGAGUUCGUCGCUUGUCAAAUCAACAAACCGCCGGGCGUGCUGAUAGUGUCGCCGUUCGCCGGGGCCGGUGAGAUGAUGCACGAGGCCUUGAUUUGCAAUCCUUACGAGAUCGACGAGGCCGCCGAAGUAAUUCAUAGAGCUCUCACUAUGCCGGAGGAUGAGCGUACGUUGCGAAUGAACCACUUACGUCGACGAGAGAGGAUCUACGACGUCAAUUAUUGGAUGAAGUCCUUCCUUCAAGUGAUGGGCUCGCUCGAGGAGCACGAUUCCGUAGGCGCUACCACGAUGCAGCCCGUGACUAUGGACGACUUCGACGACUAUUUGAGCAAGUACAUCGGUGAUAAUCACAAAUUGGCGCUUCUGUUGGAUUACGACGGCACGCUGGCGCCGAUCGCCACGCACC